CAUUAACUAGUGGAAACGCAGCGUUUAAUAUAAUAAAGAAUAAACUUUGAAUCGUCACGACAUCCCCUACUCUCGUUUUGAGCGAGAAGCCUGCAGACUCAAGCUCAGAUACACCUAUAUGAGAUUGUCAGUCUCUAUAGUACAGCCAGUUGUCGCCCAGGAAGCACGACAGUGAGGCUGUUCCACCAGCGCAUCAUUCAGCAUUUUGAAUUUUCAAAUAAAUCAUUCAUCCAAUAAAUUAUCCGGUGGAAAUUAAUUACCUCGCGAAUAAUCCGGUGUCACUCGCUAUUGUUUUAUUUACGUUUCUCUGGACUCUCAAGGAUAUUUAUUUUUUUCCUCUGCAGUGCCAAUACCACAUUACGGUGAAACAUGGCGGGAUUAAAAGCCGCACUGGGAAUCAAUGAAUUAAAAGAUCCAAAAGCCAACCUGUACCGGGCGCUGUUGGCUGAAUUUCUUGGUACAAUGCUCCUCAAUUUCUUCGGGUGCGGGGCAGUCUACGAGCUAAAGGAUGGCGCCGAUUAUUCCGUGACGAAUAGGGUAGCUAUCUCCCUAUCGUUCGGCCUGGUCGUCGCUGGGGCGGUCCAGGCGAUAGGUCAUGUCUCCGGAGGUCAUAUCAAUCCCGCAGUCACCUGUGGAUUAGUUGUUAUUGGAAAGGUACCUGUUAUCCGUGCGAUUCUCUACAUAAUCGCCCAAUCCGCUGGUGCGAUAGCUGGAUCAGCGACGAUUCGUGCACUCUCCUCGCAGAGAAUGGAAUCAGCUAUUGGUGUUGUCUCACUGAGUCCAGGAAUGACUCCCGUCCAGGGAAUGGGCAUUGAAUUUUUCCUGGGGCUCAUCCUGGUGAUCGUCGUCUGCGGGGCCUGUGAUGGGGCUAAACCAGAGAGCAAGGGUAUCGCUCCUCUUAUCAUCGGUCUUGCGGUCACGGUCGGCCACAUCGUCGGGAUCCCGCGCACAGGCUCCGGAAUGAACCCGGCUCGUGCACUGGGUAGUUCUGUGGUCAUGGGCCACUUCGAUAAUCACUGGCUGUACUGGGUGGGCCCUAUUCUUGGGGGAAUGGCUGGUGGACUCAUUUACACACACGCUCUGGGGCCGGCGGAAAUACCGGAAGGCAAGACUUAUGCCACAGUCGCUGGGGAAGAGAAGGAGAGGUUCGAGUACAUAGACAGUGGCAGGGGUGAACUUUGAGACGAAUCUCACGCGGAAACUAUUUUUCCAGCUCCAGGGACUCACCAGGAAGGGUCAACAAGCUUGAAUAACGCUGUGUAAUAAUAUCAUCUGGUUUUAUUCUCGAAAUAAACUCGGUAUUAUUCAUACGAGACAGUAACCAGCAUGAUUUCGCUUUCCUCUGCACGUCAAUAUCCUCCAGAGUACAUCGAUGUUGUCAUUAUACUAUUUAUUCACUGCCAAUUUGAAUUAAUGUUCAUGUAAUCCUCGAAAUUCAUCAUCUGAAUGUAUAUAAAAAUAAUGAUUUCAUGCUUCACAUAUUUUGGAUGAAAAUUUACAAAUGUUAUUGCAAUCGUGAGGUCUCGCCAAUUAUUGAGAUAAAAAUGUUUAAAAAUGAGGUAUUUUAUGUUCAAUGUAUUAUGUAUAGGAAAUAAAUAAUUUUUAUAUAUGUGAGAA